AUGCCACUCGUUCAGGUGACAAGUAAUGUAUCUUCUAGCAGUGUGAACACGGUCAAAGUCAUGGCUGCAAUCUCCAAAGGAAUCGCCACUGCACUUGAAAAGUCAGAGCAAGCUGUGAUGGUGCAUCUGAACCUGGAUACGUCAAUGUUUUUUCAAGCUACAGACGCCCCAUGUGCUAUGAUCCAUGUUAGAAGCAUUGGUAAGGUAGAUGCUCAGUAUAAUGCAAAGACGGCGUCAAUGUUGACAAAGAUUGUGAGUCACGAGCUGCAAAUUCCUGCUGAUCGUAUCUUUAUGAACAUUGAUGACGUCCAGCGCUCGAAUUGGGCCAAGGGUGGCAUGCUUAUUCCGGAACCUAAGUAG